GUAACGUCAAAUCUCGGUUUCCAGUUUGCUAGUCAGUUGAAUUUUGAACCUAGGAUAGGGAACACGUAGGCUCUACACAACACAAGUAGUCAGCAGUAUGUGGUCUCCCUUCGCCAUUGCAGUUCUUCUUUCCUCCGUCGUCUCCGCCUCCCCCUACUCCGCCAAUUCAGAGCCCGCCUCUGCAAGAGUUUUUACUGAAGAUUUAUCUGUUUCUGUCCCGGAACCAACCUCCGCUGUAUUUUUUGGUCCUCCAAGAAGAGCAGUUGUCAAACUUGUGCCUGGUUCAGAUGAUGGUGUAUCAGGAACCCUUUAUAUCAGUUCUGUAAAUCGUCCCUACGCUGGAGUAAUAAUUUCCGGUCAAGUGAGCGGUCUUAAACCUGGUCUUCAUGGCUUUCAUGUUCAUAUGGAGGGAGCACUUGGUGAUCAGUGUAAGGAUGCUAAGGGACACUUUAACCCUGAUAUGGCUGAGCACAGUGGACCUAAAGACCAACAAAGACAUGCUGGGGAUCUUGGAAAUAUAAUUGCUCAUGAAUACGGACCGACAAAUAUAUAUAUUGUAGACAGGCUUAUUACUCUGGGUGACGGUGCAAAGAACGAUAUUGCCGGACGAGCCAUCGUCAUACACGCCGGGGAGGACGAUUUAGGGCUCGGCGGUAACGAAGAAAGCAAGAAGACCGGAAAUGCUGGGUCUCGUCUCGUCUGUGGAAUCAUUCAACUCAAUAACUGACGGAAUUUUUAUAUAAUUUGUCACGAAUUUUUAAUAAAAAUUUACCUCUAAAAAA